GGAACAUUGUGGACUGCGUGGUUGACGACUCUUUCGCUCUUGCAAGUCCUCGUUCAGCCUCAACUGACCUUCCAAAAGCACACCAUGGAUAAUGCUCUUCGGCAAGCUAGGGCCAACUUUAGCUGGGGGUCGGCCUUCACUUUCGCUGUCCCGAUAGUGGUGUCCCUCGUGGCAAACUACGCUGCUUCAAAGUUGAAGCUGAAGCCAGAGCCCCCGCCCGCUCUCUACCUGCCUGUCUUGAAGGACAAUGGGUUCACCCCGAGAACGUACCCGGUGACGUAUCGUCUGGACCCAGUCGAGUUUCAGAACUACGAGCGGGUGCUGAAUGCCACCACAAACGUUCCCGAUACGACGGCUGUCUUAUUGAAUUGGGCACGCUUCCCGAAUGUCCUGCUCAUCACCACUCUGUUAUGUGGAUCUUGGCUGGACGACACAAUCGCAGGAGUCGUCAUAUGGAACAACAGUCCGAAAAUCUUGACAUACGAAGAUUUCAAACAUACUGGGUGUCCAAAAGAUAAACUUCACAUCCAUAAUGCCCCGGGGAACGCAUAUUUCCAGGGCCGCUUUUUGGGAUGUGCGGCAGCCAAGACUCCAUACUGCUACAUACAGGACGACGACUACCUUGUUCGUGCAGAAAUCAUAAGGUCUCUGCGCGCUCGCGUCGCCGACGCGGAUGACCCCCACACGAUUCACCUGCUUCCAUCCCAUGAACACCUGUCAAGCUCUCUGCGUGAGAUCCACGUCCAGAAGCCCGACCUGUCGUACCUCUCCGAUAUUCAUACUUCCUUCGCAUGGCUGGGGCACGGCACUAUGAUGCAUCGCUCCAGGGCAGAGGAGUUCCUCUCCUUGAUGCGCUACCUGCGUGCCUCGCCCGAUGAACUACAGAUGGCCGACAACUAUUUCACCAUCCUGAGCAACCGUGUACCGGAAAUUUGGUUCGACCAAAGCUUUGAGCUCGGCGGUGGAAACGCAUUCACAGUCGGAGAUGAAGGGCACCAACGGAACGCGAAGCAUAUUCUCAGGGCGACGCAAUACUUAGAUUCGCUUGCGCGGUGUGGAGCAGCCUCGUGUGACCCUGGUGCUCAGGCAAAACCAGCAAGGAUGACAGUCCCCUACGUGUCGUUAGCUGACACCCCGCCCCGGUCCCGAUGGACUCGUGCAGCAUGCAGUGGUGCCUCCUGCAUCGUGGAAACCAAUAUCAGACUGCUCCCAGACUCGGCUGUCCACACUGCGGAUAGCGUGGAGAAGGUACUCACGGUAGAGGACCAGAACCUCGCACUUUUGGGGACCGCCGGCAAACAAGAGUACGAAGAUCAUCCGCUGUCGCACGCUGUAGACACCCGUCCAGAUACGGCAUUCCGGAGCUUCGCUAAUGGCCGUGCGGGCGAUAUUGUCGUCUUGGACAUUCUCGGAGAUAUCAGCGAUGCACAUGGAUGGCAAGCUGUCGAGAUGGUCUGGCUAGUCGACGCAGAUACCGAGGAGAUCUUGCACGCGAGCACUUUCGAGUCUUCGGUAGACAACGAGAACUGGCGGCAAGCAGUGCACCGACCCGUCUGUGACGACGUGACAACAUCAAGACUCGACGAGAACGAUGACUUCGGGAAGGCACACCAACGUGAAUGCAGCGUCCAGGUCAUCCUUACGUCGAAUGAUCUGCAUCUGCGUGCGACUGGGCGAUAUUUCCGAGCCAAACUUCAAGAGGAUAGACAGCAGCCUUGGGUGAUCUUCGAAAUCUGGCUGAGAGGACUGUCAUUACCGCGCUGAAUGUGAAGUACAGUACAUCUUGUCGCGUUCACUCAAAAGUCUUUGCCUCCUCGAGAGGCUAUUUUUAUUCAUUUUAAUUGCACAUACCCUUGAACAAGACAGCUCGAUGCUGUCCGCACUAGGUUCAGUGUCACUCAACAG